CGUUGCUCGUCUCUCGCGUUAACCCCUCAGCUCGUGGCUCCUUGGGCGCACGGCUAGAUAAUCUGCUGCUUGCCGUGGAUUGGGUGGUGCAAGGAGUGAUUGGUUGAUAGAUUUGACCGAUGAUGGCCGGGGCGGUGGUGGAGAUCGUCCGGAGCGCCGGCGGGUGCGCCGUGAUCGACGGCGGCUUCGCCACGCAGCUGGAGGCGCUCGGCGCCGACAUCAACGACCCGCUCUGGAGCGCCGCCUGCCUCAUCACUAAGCCGCACCUCAUCAAGGAGGUUCACAUGCAAUAUCUUGAAGCAGGUGCCGAUGUAAUCAUUUCCUCAUCUUACCAGGCAACUAUCCCAGGAUUCUUGGCCAGGGGAAUCCUUCUUGAGGAUGCAGAAGGCUUACUGCGAACGAGCGUUGAAUUGGCACUGGAAGCACGAGACGAAUUCUGGAAGUCGACGCUGAGGAAGUCCAAGCCUGUUUACAACCGUGCUCUGGUCGCUGCAUCCAUUGGAAGCUAUGGAGCGUAUCUUGCCGAUGGUUCAGAGUACAGUGGGUCGUAUGGAGAAGACAUCACGAUAGAAAAACUGAAGGACUUCCACCGGCGCCGGCUGCAGGUUCUUGCGAGUGCCGGCCCUGACUUGAUCGCGUUUGAGGCCAUCCCUAACAAAAUGGAGGCACAGGCUUUGGUUGAGCUUCUGGAGGAAGAGGACAUCCAGGUUCCCUCCUGGAUCUGCUUCAGCUCAGUGGACGGCAAGAACCUCUGCUCAGGAGAGAGCUUUGCAGACUGCCUCCAAAUUCUCAACGCGAGCGACAAGGUGGCCAUCGUGGGUGUCAACUGCACGCCGCCUCAGUUCAUCGAGAGCAUCAUACGCGAGCUCAAGAAGCAAACGAAGAAGGCUAUCGCGGUGUACCCGAACAGCGGAGAGGUUUGGGACGGUAGAGCGAAGCGAUGGCUGCCUGUACAGUGUUUUGGGCACAAGAGCUUCGACGUGCUCGCGAAGAGAUGGCAGGAAGCCGGCGCGAGCUUCAUCGGCGGAUGCUGCCGGACGACGCCGUCGACGAUCAGGGCUGUCUCGAAAAUCCUAAAGGGCAAGAUGGCUUAUUCAGCAACUCAGAUUUGAGAGGCACUACCUGGUGUAACAAUUGAUAGCGAGAAUUAUACCCAUUCAGUAUUAGUGUAUGCCAAAUUUUGCAGCUGAAACCAUCUAACGAUUUGUAGUGCUGAUGUGCAACUAUCGAGUUUGACAAGAGCAUUAGUUGGCAAUGUGAUGCAGAGGCCGUGGAUGCAAUCUACUCCGUAUCUCCCUUAUCCAAUAAUAAAGGAAUGCAAUUAUCUAUCGAAUUUAUGCGUUAUUUGUAUCUCCAAAAUUUCUUUGAC